GUGCCCGCCGCGCCCGCCGCAGCGCCGCCUCCCGCCGUUUGGAUGUCUAGGCCUCAAUGAGGAGCCCAAACAUGGAGACGUUCAAGCAGCAGAAGGUGGAGGAUUUCUACGACAUUGGCGAGGAGCUGGGAAGCGGCCAGUUUGCCAUCGUGAAGAAGUGUCGGGAGAAGAGCACGGGACUGGAGUAUGCGGCCAAGUUCAUCAAGAAGCGGCAGAACCAGGCCAGCCGGCGGGGCGUGUGCCGGGAGGAGAUAGAGCGGGAGGUGAGCAUCCUGCGGCAGGUGCUACACCCCAACAUCAUCACGCUGCACGACGUCUAUGAGAGCCGCACCGACGUGGUGCUCAUCCUGGAGUUAGUGUCUGGAGGAGAGCUCUUUGACUUCCUGGCCCAGAAGGAGUCGCUGAGUGAGGAGGAGGCUACCAGCUUCAUCAAGCAGAUCCUGGAUGGGGUGAACUACCUUCACGCCAAGAAAAUUGCUCACUUUGAUCUCAAGCCAGAAAACAUUAUGUUGUUAGACAAGGAUAUUCCCAUUCCACACAUCAAGCUGAUUGACUUUGGUCUGGCUCAUGAAAUAGAAGAUGGAGUUGAAUUUAAAAACAUUUUUGGGACACCAGAAUUUGUUGCUCCGGAAAUCGUGAAUUAUGAGCCCCUGGGACUGGAGGCUGACAUGUGGAGCAUAGGUGUCAUCACCUACAUCCUCUUAAGUGGAGCAUCCCCUUUCCUGGGAGACACAAAGCAGGAAACACUGGCAAAUAUCACAGCAGUGAGUUACGACUUCGAUGAGGAAUUCUUCAGUCAGACCAGUGAACUGGCCAAGGACUUCAUUCGGAAGCUUCUAGUUAAAGAGACCCGGAAACGGCUCACAAUCCAAGAGGCUCUCAGACACCCCUGGAUCACGUCCAAAGAAGUCAGAGCCCCAGAGCAGCGGAAGACAGAGCCCACCCAGCUGAAGACCAAGCACCUGAGAGAGUACACUCUGAAAUGCCACUCAAGCAUGCCCCCUAACAACACCUACGUCAACUUUGAGCGUUUUGCACGUGUAGUAGAGGACGUGGCUCAGGUGGACCAGGGAUGUCGUGCCCUGGCGGGCACCCAUGACACCAUCCAGGACGAUGUGGAGGCCCUAGUCUCCAUCUACAAUGAGAAGGAGGCUUGGUACCGAGAGGAGAGCGAGAGGGCCCGGCAUGAUCUAUCCCAGCUCAGGUAUGAGUUCCGCAAAGUUGAGUCCUUGAAGAAGCUCCUGCGAGAAGACAUCCAAGCCACAGGGUCCAGCCUUAGAAGCACAGAAAGGAAGUUGGACCAGCUGCAGACACAGUUUGAGGCUCUGAGGCAGGAGCUCUCAGCAGACCUACAAUGGAUCCAGGAACUGGUGGGCAGCUUCCAGCUGGAGAGUGGGAGCACAGAUGGCCUGGAUUCCGUGUUCCACCGGGAUGCCAGUGAGUCCCUUGUGGAGCUGCUCAACAGAUUGAGCAGCAAGGAAAUCUUGGCCAGCUUGAAGUCCUGAGCACCAGAAGCCAGUCAGUAAUGCAUCCUAGAUGGUUUGCAGAAGCGCAUUCCCAGUUGCCAUAAUGGAGAUCAACCGGAAUUAUCCUGCAGAGACGUGUUUCGGUAGCAAAGCCUUUUCACCCUCUUCAUGGAAUCUAGGAUCACGAUGUGUUAGCUAGUUAUUCACUCUGCGCCUUCCUUCAACAACCUGGGAGGGCACUAGUGGGGCAGCCAAGCUAUUAAAGCAAAUGUGAAUACCUGCCCGUCCCCAUACCCUUCUCUAGAGGGAGGGUGGCUGGCGCUGGAGAGCUGCUUGAUAAUUGAUUUGCAAUAAUGGAUUUGUUCACAUCUCACUUCCUGCCUACAAGCCUUUUGGAUUUCAGUUCUUGGGUAAUAUUUGUGUUAACUAGGGGUUACAGUAAAUCAGCUUGGGGCUUUCCUGCUGCAGAAGAAGGAAUUUAGAAAGCUAAGAAAAUAGUACCUUUCAUUUGCAUUGAUUUUUCACUUACCAAGUACUUUUGUCUAUGCCUUCAUUUGAUCUUCAGAAGAACUCUGUGAGACAGGAAGGUGGGUGGUCUGAUUAUUGUUGUUACUAUUAUUUACAUGUAUCUGAUGGAGAAACAGAAUCAGAGAAAGAAAGUGACUUACUCAGGUCAUUCAUAGCUAUUUGAUGGAGAAAAAACAGAAACCCAGAUUGAUGACUCUAGGAUGCCACAUCUCAGAGUAAGGCUUUGCUGCCAUUAGUCACCUUAAAGUACAGUUCAGAUGGGAUACCUCAUACUGUCAGAUCAUUCCAAGAAGCGUGCCUUAGAAGGCACAGUUCAUUGGUCCUGUCCAGUCCUGUCACUGUCCAAAGAUUGGCCUGCAGAGCAGUAAUAAAGGGCAACCCUUCUCCACCUCCCUAGUUCUGACUCAGGGCUUCAACCUCAAUGAAAUUUUCUUUUCUUAUGUACCUAGGGAAUAAGAAACUUCAUGAGAGUUUUUGAAGAGGGUGGGUGUUAAGAUUGGACCCAUCGCUGUUCUAGAAGCUUGGGGUGGAGGAACAGGUUGUGUAAUUUCAAAGGGCCUCACAAUCUUACAAAACCCCCAUGUCAGAUGGGCAGGGUAAAUGUCAUUCCCCAUCUGGAGAUGAGGAAGCAGAGUGGAUGCAAUUUGCCAGAGGUGGCAAUAAUGCAGUGGAGGGAGCCUUCUGUGAUAAGUCUGCUGCUCUUUCUGCUCUCCUUAACUGUUCCAGGCUCCAAGAAUUUACAAUCUGCUGUGGGGCAGCUUAUAUCCAGAUUCAGCCAUCCAUCCAUUUAUGAACGGCACCUACCCACUGCCAGCCACUCUGCUUGGCACUGGGGAUACAAUAUUGAGUGAAAAUGGGCACAUUUCCUGCCUUCAUGAGGUGCAAAGUGCAGUGACGGAGUCUAGUGUUAAUUAAGAACUUUCUGCAAAUGUGGAAUCAUAGCUGCGGCAUACGUGAUGAAAGAAGUAGCAA